AUGUGCACUACUCAUCAGGCAGAUUGCCUCGCCAAGCUCAAUGCGAUACUUGAGGAAAGUAUCGCAGCUGGAGUGCCUGGGCUCUCGGUCGAAAUAGCCUCAUCGCGGGGGCAUUGGACCUUGACGGCCGGUGUGUCGGACGGCCUCCAGGCCAUCGAGCCCACUCACGUCUUCGGCAUCGGCAGCAUCACCAAGGUAUUUACUGCUGUUGUCAUCUUCCAGCUUAUAGAGGAGGGCAAGUUGCAUUUGUCGGACACCGUCUGCAGGAUUCUAGGCAGCGAGAUAUACCGUGACAUUGAUGAUGCCGCAGAAGCGACCGUCGCGCAGCUGUUGAGUCACACGGCGGGCAUAGACAGCUGGGAAGACGACUCUUUAUGGAUCCGAGAAGGGCGUGGUAGUAAGCUGGAUCCAACGCAUAUAUGGGACAAGGUUGAGCCUCUGGGCUACAUUCGUCGGCCAAAGAUUACUGCCCCGAGCAGGGGCGAUUGGUACUACGCCAACACCAACUACACGCUGCUCGGUUUGAUGAUAGAAAAGAUCACCCAGAGCACUGCAGAGGCGGAAAUUCGUCGACGGAUCCUCGAGCCAUUGGCCAUGGAACACACGUUUCUUGAGGGAUUCGAGCCUCCAAACCAAGGGAAACUGGCCCACCGGUACCAGUGGGCUACGGACACAUUUCGCGACACAGCGGGAAUAUGUCCGUCCUUUCCCGGCGCACGAGAUGGUAGGCUUAUUGACUGCACCAAGUCCAAUUUGUCUGUCGAGUGGGUUGCAGGCGGCAUGGUUUCCUCUGCUUCGGACCUCACCAAAUUUGCUGUCGCCCUUCGCGAUGGGAGGCUGUUGAGCUCAGAGUCCCUGGAUAUCAUGACUACGUGGAGGCCUGCCACGGACUCAUCCGAGAUGGGUCACGGUAUUUUCAGACGGAGGGACCAUGGAACCAACGCAUGGCUGGGACACUUUGGCGGUGUUUUAGGCUUCACGGGGGCAUUAUGGUGGAAAGAGGAGGGCGACUGUGUAAUCAGCGUGCUCUCUAAUGUGGGAACCAUGCAUGCUGGCAAAGUGCCUUCAAGUGCUGCCCAUGUAAUUAUCGACUCCAAUAUUCUGGAGAUUGCUUCUCAAUUAGCAGCAGCUUAA